AUGGCGUUUAUUAAAGAGGAGAGUGAAGACAUGAAGAUUGAAGAAGUAUUCACCGUGAAACCAGAAGAUACUGAGGAACAAACAGACCUGAUGGCACUAAAAGAAGAGAGUAAAGAACAUAAUGGAAUGGAAGAUAAAUAUCAGUAUGAGAAACAUAAUUAUUUUUAUAGUUGCUCACAGACUGAACACACUUCCUCACAAAAAAAUGCUCAAAGGAAAGGAAUUAGAAGUUAUUUCUCCUGUCAACAGUGUGGAAAAACUUUCAACCAUAAAGGAAACCUUAAUGUCCAUAAGAGAGUUCACACUGGAGAGAAGCCUUUCAGCUGCCAACAGUGUGGAAAGAGUUUUACACAUAAAGGAACCUUUAAUACCCAUAUGAGAAGUCAUACUGGAGAAAACCCUCACACCUGCAAACUGUGUGGGAAAAGCUUCUCAAGAAAUAUAGGUUUUGAGACUCACAUGAGGAUUCACACUGGAGAGAAGCCUUACACAUGUGGUCAGUGUGGAACUAGUUUUACACAUAAAGGAACCCUUAAUACACAUGUGAGAAGUCAUACCGGAGAAAGCCCUUACACCUGCAAACUGUGUGGGAAGAGCUUCUCGCGAAAAGAAGGUCUUAAGACUCACAUGAGAAUUCACACUGGAGAGAAGCCUUACACAUGUGAUCAGUGUGGAAAGAGUUUUACGCAUAAAGGAAGCCUUAAUGCCCACGUGAGAACUCACACUAGAGAAAGCCCUUACACCUGCAAACUGUGUGGGAAAAGCUUCUCACGAAAAGAAAGUCUUAAGACUCACAUGAGAGUUCACACUGGAGAGAAGCCGUACACCUGCCCUCAAUGUGGAAAGAGUUUUACGCUUAAAAGAACCCUUAAUCGCCACAUAAGAACUCACUUUUGAGAAAGCCCUUAUACCUG